AUGCUUACUUUGCGCACUAAGGCGCUGCUGCGUGCGCGUUGUUAUCAUGCCUCACGUUUUGCAUUUUCAUCUGAAGCUACUGCCGCCGCUGCUGCCGCAUUGCGCUUGGGAUUUAAAAAUGCACAUAAAGACAAAGACGAAGACGACACGCUGAAAUUGGAUAUUGGGAAAGAUUCCGAUGGGUCAGACGAUGAAAGUAAAACCCAGCGGCUAAUGGUGGAAAAGAAAUUCUCGCCACCCGUUAUGAGCUCCAUGCAGCCUUUAUGGCUCACACAGGACCACCCCGUGACGGACUUAUCAAGCUUUGCUCCUAAAAUUGUGGUCGUUGGUGUUGGGGGUGCAGGAGGAAAUGCUGUGAACAACAUGAUCGCACGUGGUCUGCAAGGCGUGGAAUUUUUGGUUUGUAAUACGGAUGCGCAGCAUUUGCGCACAACGCUGACCGAAAAUCGAGUUCAAAUGGCCCCUGAACUGACUGGAGGACUAGGGUGUGGUGCCAACCCUGAAGUCGGUCGUGAGGCUGCGGAAGCUGCUAUUGAUGAGAUUUUAGAGCGCGUUCAGGGUGCAAACAUGAUGUUUGUUACUGCAGGAAUGGGCGGUGGAACUGGUACAGGUGCGGCACCCGUCAUCGCUCAAGCAGCUCUUGACGCUGGAAUCCUCACCGUAGCAGUAGUCACCAAGCCAUUUCGUUUUGAGGGGAACAAUCGCGCCAAGCUUGCCGCACAAGGUCUAGCUGAACUUAAGGACAGUGUCGAUACGAUGCUCAUGAUUCCAAACCAAAAUUUGUUUCACAUGUCGAACGAGCGCACUUCGCUGAUGGAUGCAUUCAGAAUGGCCGAUAAUGUGCUUCUUGAUGGUGUGAAAAACAUCUCUGAUCUGAUGGUGAUGCCUGGACUCAUCAAUCUUGACUUUGCCGAUGUUCAAUCGGUGAUGCAUAAUAUGGGUAACGCAAUGAUGGGUAGUGGCGAAGCAGCUGGAGACAAUCGAGCUUUGCAAGCUGCCGAAGCUGCACUGGCGAAUCCUCUCCUGGGUGACAUAUCGAUAAAGGAUGCGAAGGGAAUGAUCGUAAAUAUUACAGGUGGCUCUGACCUGACGCUUUUUGAAGUGGACGAAGCUGCCGAGCGUGUGACGCGGGAACUCGAGGAUCCGCAUGCUAAUAUCAUCUUUGGGUCGACUUUUGACGACUCGCUCGCGGGCAAAUUGCGCGUCUCUGUGGUGGCCACUGGUAUCUCCGAUCCCGAAAAGGAUUAG